GCCGCGUUCGUCUAUGUCGGAGCGGUAGGAGCACAUGGUGUGCGUGUGCACUGUGCCGUCAGUCAUAUGGGAAGCCGAACGUGUCAAUCUGCCGACUGAUCGCGCGCUUCGUAGGGUUCGCACCCAAAUGAACACCCAUCGCACUCCCAGCGACGCCUUGAACUAACCGGAAUCCUCCUUCGAUUAGUACGAAAUGGUCCGCAAGAAAGGCGAAACUGUGAAGCCUUCGCCGGUUCAAUCGGCUCAGCAUGUGCUCGACCGGCUGAAUGAUUUUUUGGUACGAAAUCCCAGCAGCAGUCUGCUUGGCGAGCUCUAUCAGACACUGGUCAGCCCUGAUGGCGUGGAGCAAGUGACUGCAAUAAAAAAGAUCGAACAAGAACUCCAGCGGUGCAAGGACGUAGUCCUGCAGGAGCUGACUGUGGAAGUUUUGUCCAAUGUUGUCAUCACGGCUAGCCAUGGGCAACACGUCAAAAAGGCUGCGUUCAGGGUUUUGGGAGCCUGUUUUGCUGCUGCUACUGUGCUGCCUCAGUUGUCUGCAGCAUUAAAGGAGUCUCUCAUCAUGUCGGACACUGAUUUGAACAAGAUCUCGCACAAUGUGGAAAAUCUUCUGUACUGCCUGUCGGAACCUCUAGGACUACGGUCGGUCGAGCGCUGCUUUUCCAAUGUGCUUUCGUACCUGAAGCAAGUGCUCAAUUUAGGCAUUGAAACUAUUACGACCUGCUCUGGCGACACACAAGUCGUGGGCGACUGUUACCAACUUCUUGCCAAGGUGGUUAAAGCAGUCGGGCUGCUCGUACAAUUUGCGUCGGGCCAGCGCAAAAACAGCCCUGUACAACCAUGCGCAGAGGCUCUCAUGGUUUGGACAGAGGAGAUCUUUCCGUCCCUCCUACAUCUACUCAAGUCAGACUCUUCCAUCCUGACCUGCAAACUGAGCACAGGCACCGUCCUCCCACUCAUCCUCAGGGUCAGGAACGAAGGACAGCUUCAGAAGGCAUUCGAUCCGUGGCCCAAGGACUGGUUUCGGGAGUCUCCCCUGGCUGAAGUCUGUUUCCUAGGUGGCCUCGUUUCUGGGCUCAGCGAAGAGGAACUGCUGCAGACAGACAAAGAAAACCGCACUGUACUGCUCCACGUACUGCUCAAGAGGGCGCUCAUUGUUCACGAGAGGCAAGCACAUCUCCGGUUCCUUCUAACCUGCGUCAAAACUGUUCUUCAAUUGGUAAACCGUAUUGUGCAACUGCUCAAAUCGCACAACGUACGCCAUGUUGCUUUCACGAGGAAGCUGCUCUGUGAAAGGCACGUGGCAACAGAGCCACUUCUUCGCUUUGUGUGGUCCUACUGGGAGCACUAUGUUGAUGCGGUAAGCCAACAUGCCAGGCUGAUCUUCAGAGGAAUUGUUGACAUGAACAUCCUGCUAGCAUCAAGUGAACAGGAGGCGCGUGCCUUCCUGGAAGAGUCGGCCGUCUUCCUGAUCGACCUGCCGUGGCACCGCAAGGGCAAGUACGACACGGUCGCCUACCUGGCCGAGGUGAUGGGCUGCUCGCCAUUGCUGCGGCUGAGGCCAGCGCUGGUCACUAGCCUCCUGUCGGCUGCCGAGGAGCCCACCAUGUGCUCAUACGUUAAAGACUUGGUGCAGAAGUUAGCGUCGUUACAUCGAAAGGAAGUCUGCACAGCUGAGUUUGAGCGUGCCUGGCUGGCGCCAUUUUCCAUGGCCACCAAGAAGCAUUCCAGAGAGCUGCUUGUACCUUUGUUUCAGCAUGUUCUGCCUGUUCUCACUGCCAUCCACCCUGGGACUACUCAAUAUGUAUUUGGCAAGCUUUCCGAAGACAGGAGUGACUUUGUCCCGGCCACACUGAAGUGUCUCCUGCUUGACAAGGCACUAAUCGAGUCCGGCAAGCUUGAGCGAUGGCGUCAUGUCCUUCUGCAAGGGAUGUCCCACAGGGACGUCCAGGUGCGUCUUGACACCCUGCAACUGCUCACGGAACAUCCCAAAUCCUGCGAGCCCGUGAAACCACUGUGCCUGCAGCUGUUGCGCUCCUUCCUGCAUCUCAACAUAAACAUGCAAGGCGCGCCAUUCCGGCAGCAGAUGAUCUCCUGCUUCAAGAAGGUGUUGAGCAGGGUCUUUGACAGCAGCACGCUGCUCAACCGGCAGCUGAGGAAAGGAGAGUUGCCCGAGGAGCAAGCACAGCUCGUUCCACCACAACUGGAGGCUCAUAAGGAGUUUGUGACCUGGCUGCAUGGAAUGUGCAUGGAGCAGCUUUUCCCAGGAGCCAACUUUGGCCGCCGUUUUACAGCACUCGCGAUCCUGGAAGUCCUGGUCACUGUUCAUGCUUCAAAAGGGGAGAGUGCUCAGCUGUCGGUGCAGUGGUCAUGGGAAGCGGUGCUUACGCUGAUGCAGUGUCUUAAGGACCCCUACGAGGCCAACAAGACUUCAGUGCUCCAGGUGCUUCUCGCCAUUCUGCCUGAAACGCAGGGGAGACCUCAGGAAGAGGGCUGGAUCGAAGAACUCCUGUUGGCAACUGUGGCGCUGACGAAGAGCGCCCGGCCUCCCGAUUCAGUCACGGCCGCCUACUUUCUCGAUCUUAUCUCGACGCUGAAGCUGACUGCGAAGGUCUCGCGCAAGCUGUGCAUUUCACUCCCAAGCCUGUCUCCGUUGCUGGGAACUGCCAUCAAGCUGCGCAAGAGCCACGAGGAAGAUGACAAUGUCUUCUGGACGGCGUUUCUGGUUCUGGCCGAACUGGAAAGACAGUUGACGGUGGCUAAGAACAGCCUCCUCGAAGCUUCGUCGACCGGUCCAUUGUAUGGUGCCCUGAUCUCGCUUCGCGCCCUCAUGAGAAAGGUCAAUUGGAAGCUUUUGCCUAGUGACAAUGUGGCCUCGUGGAAAGCAGUCUUGUGCCAGUCAAUGCAAGUGGCGUUUGAAGUGGCCGCUGUGGUGGGACGUGUAGUGAGCAAUGCAUCUCCCGAAGGUCAACUGGACAUUGACGAAGAUCCAGGACUUCUCAGGGAAAUGCAAGUGGCACUGCACAGGGGCUGGGUCCGUAAAUUUGAGGCCGACAGGGGCGACGGGCCAUCCGUGGAUGCCGUGAAGAGCACCGCAGUGGCAGCGCAGAUGUUGCUGCUGUGCGGCUGGCGCGCGCACCGCGAGGUGUCCCUCUUUUUCGGCGACAUCUGUGAGGCAUGUCCGCUGGAAUCCGGAGGUGCCGGCAUGGGCGUUUGUCUCUCUUUAAAGCAAGUGCUGUCUAUUGGAGACUUCUUCAUGGAGCAGAUGUCGACAGUGAGGCAUCGCGGAGCCUUCGAGCAAGCAUACAGUGCUUUCCAAAAGCUGUGCCACAUGCUUUGGAGAUGCAAACACCCAGAGUUGGCAAACCUUCCGGGCGCCUGGCUUGGGAACAUCAUGGCAGUCAUCAAGGACAAGGGCGUCUGUGCCACACGUCGGAGUGCUGGCAUUCCAUUUAUGGUUCAGGCCAUCCUUGUGUCAGAGCCGGAGGUGCGCUCACUAGCAACAUUCCAUCGAGCCAUCAGAGAACUUCUUGUGCUGGCAUCCAUGGACACUGAUGCAUCAGUAGAACCAAAGGUUCACGCUAUGAAUGUGCUGCGAGCACUUUUUCGUGAAGCAAGGCUUGGUGAUGCGGUGAUGCCGUAUGCUGGCGAUGGCAUUCAAGUGGCCGUCAUCGGCUUUGAAUCCAAGAUUUGGUCGGUGAGGAAUGCCGCAACCUUGCUCUUCAGCACACUGAUGACUCGCAUCUUCGGUGUCAACCGUAGCCGAGAGGAGACGCAGAGGAAGAACUGCCUGACGGGCCAUGUCUUCUUUCUGCGCUUCCCGCCGCUCUUCCAUUUCCUUCUGCGAGAGCUCUCCAAGUCGGCCGCAUAUUCACGUGAUCUGGUACUGGCAUCCAAUGCGUUUCCCGUGCUGCUGCUGCUGGCGCGCCUCUUCCCAUCGGUGGUGGAAGGCAGCUUUCGGCUGGAGGACUUUGUGCCGCACGUUGCACAAUGUGCCCGCAGCCCCGUGUGGAAGGUGCGUGCCCUGGCAGCGCGUGCCCUGGUGCCACUGGUGGCCCCCUCUGCGAGACGCACUUUACUGCUGCAGCUGAUCUCGUCCCUGCCGGCAGCCAACGACCACUGCAUUAGCCACAACGCCGUUCACGGAACACUCCUUCAGGUGCUGCAAGUGAUAGGCUACACGAGGCAGUCUUGCAUGGAGCCAUCCUUUGCUGCGCUGUUCUCGACCAAGCUUGAAGAAAAAGUCUGGCUGGCCAGCUCAAUGAACAAGUGCUUUGUGUCAAGGGCAGCGUAUCUGGACGUCGUUUUGUCCUGGCUGCAAUGUCUUUCAGAACCCAGCCAGCUGGGCACACUGCCAUACAAGCUGAUAGCAGCUGUGCUACUGGAACCCCCGGCGGACCAGAGAUGCCCCGGGAUCCACCGGAGGGAACCGGGACAGGAGUUUCUUAUCACCACUCGCCAGGACUUCCUUCUUGAACUGGGCCUGCGCGGCCCUGAUCUGUUUCCUGGACCGGACGGAUACUUCGGCUUCGUGCUCCGGUCGCUGUCUUCCACGUCGCUCGAGGCCCGCUGGAUGACGCUGAAGUUCGUGAGGCGUACAUCGGUCUUGCAGCUGUGCAACAGCUGUGUCUUGUCAACCAGUAUGGACCUCGAUCGGAUGGCUCAACUGGUCCUCAACCGCAUUAUCCGCACCGUCUGCGAUGGGCCAGGAGAACACCAGCAGUACAUGGCAUGCUUUGCAGAGGCAUGUUCAGUGCUUACUGCCUGUAAUGGCCCGUUUAUGGAGAAGCUCGACUGGCAGGGGAGGUCUACAUUUGAAGAUGUGCUCUCCUAUCUCCUUGACCGGUAUGAGAACAUCAAAAACGAGCCGACCAAGCGUUCUCUUCUGGAGUUCGUAUGCAGCACUGCUGAGCAGCUGAUCGUCUUGAAGAAUCAGGAACCUUUGGAAGCAUCCAAUAAUCUACGGUGGAGCAUACAACUGCUCGACCUGUCGGAACCAACAGAGGAUCUGUCUAGGAGGCUUAUGGCCAGUGGAGCCAUGUCCACUCUUGCUCAAGUUGUCGUAGCAGCCCACCAGUCUGGUGGUACCAUCGUGUCAUUCUGGUGGGCACUCAUCAACUUCCUUCAGGACGACGAAUCUAGCGUGAGGGAUGGGGCUGUGAAGGCUGUCACCAAACUCAUCACUCUGCUCAAUGAUCCAGAGUUUCCAGCAACCUCGCUUUUGAAACAGACUCCGCUAGAGCUGGCCCUGUGCCUUUUCGCACAUAUCUGCGAGCCAGCUGUGGCCGUGCCUAGUUUGGUGAGCUGGAUGCUAGCUAGUCAGAUGCCAGCUCUAGAUACUGAGAAUGACGAACAACCGUUUGACAAGGGAGAAUUGAAUACCUUCGCUGAAGAAGUUUUCCUAACCGACAUCUGCGCUGGCCUCUUGUCCAGCACCGUGAGCAAGUUGGCCAGGACGACGGUGUUUGCUUCUACGGACUUCUUUGACAUAUGCUUCGAUGAAAAAGAAGCGGGACCAGUAAUGUUGAGCAUUCACGACCUGUAUCGUCACUGCAUUCGCAACGUCGACCGCGAUGGAUCGGAGACCGUCAGUAACUGGGCAGCGUUGCUCUUGAACCGUCACAUAGAUCCCGUGUUGAUUCGCGUCUACCAAAAUGUCUCUGUGGCGGCCGCACUGAAAAGUAGGGUCAGCAAGAAGGAAUUUAAGAGUUCUUUACAAGUCUUGUCACGUGUCCAGACUUCCCUGAAGGCGAGCGGAAGCCGGACAAUGUUUGUCUCCAAGGUUGUUGAACGGCUGAGGUGCCUACUAGAAACACAAUGUUCUUAGACUCUAUGAAAUUUCUGUUGGACAUUGAUUUACCGUUAUUGUGAUGACUGGCAAACCAAGGGUCAUGUCAGCAGUUUCAGCGAGAUGCUGGUUACGAUGUUUGGAACCUCGCAAGCCUUGAGGUUGGCUGGCUAACUGUAUUAAGAAACCAUGUCAGCCCUUCUUGUACCUUACCCGAGCGUUUUGCUCCCAUAUUUGUUCUUUCUUUUACAAAGCCCUUUGGUACAUCACUAGGAGGAGUGAAUUGCCUUUGCCUCAUUGUUCAUAAAGACUUCUGCCGGGGGGGUGUUCUCUUAUGGGCCGUUGUACUUUUACACCAAAGAGUUCACUAUUGGAAGUUGUAAAAGAUUGGCUGCACAGUGAUUUCAUGCUGUGGCUCAGUUGUAGCUUGGAUUGAAGGAAUGACAAAUUUUGGGGUUAGGCAUCUAAAUAGAACAUAAACUUGAAAGCAAGGUUCGCUGAUAUGAGCGUUUCUUAUUCGCUGCUCACGUUCAUUGCUACAAAUAAAGUUCACGUGCAUUAGGA